CCUGACACCAUGGCCUUCUGCAACACCUGCUCCACCAGCUUCUGUGGCUUCCCCAGCUGCUCUACUCGGGGAAACUGUGGGUCUAGCUGCUGCCAAGACAGCUGUGGGGCCAGCAGCUGCCAACAGGGAGGCUGUGGCAUCGGCUCUGGGAUAGGCUCUGGGUCCAACUGUGAGACCACCUGCAGGACCAGGUGUUACGUUCCCGAGUGCUGUGGAGGAGAGAGCUGCUGUACCAGGUGGUACCGCCCAGACUGUAGGGUUGAGGGUACUUGCCUGCCACCUUGCUGCAUGGUCAGCUGCACUCCCCCAUCUUGCUGUCAGCUGCACCAGGCCCAGGCCUCUUGCUGCCGCCCAUCCUACUGUGGCCAGUCUGGCUGCCAUCCAGCCUGCUGCUGCUACUGCUGUAAGCCCACUACCUGCUGUGAGCCUACCUGUUAAAAAAAAAAAAAAAAAA